CUGGGCUCAGGGUAGAGAAACGCGGGGCUCCGCAGGCGCGCAAACAGAAACCGCCUGGCGCGGGGCGGGCGCGCCAGGACCACCGCCUCCUCCUUUCCUCCUCCUCCCCUCGCCGCUCCUCCCUCUCCCGGGUCGGGUGGAGGUGGCGCGCGGGGACCCGGGUGGGGCGGGGCCGUGCCGGCCCAGAGGCUGGGGCUUGAGGCACCGGCACCGGCACCGGCACCGGCGUGGGCGAUGGCGGCACGCAGCCUGGGCCGCGGCGUGGGACGGCUGCGGGGCGUCCUGGUGCGAGCAGGUAGCUGGGCGCACACGGCGCCCCCCCAGGCCCGGGCAGCCUCUUACCCCGCGCGCCGCGCACAGGCCGCCCGCGAGCCCGCCGCCUUCUGGGGGCCCUUGGCGCGCGACACGCUGGUGUGGGACGCCCCGUACCACACGGUCUGCGACUGCGACUUCGGGAGCGGCAAGAUCGGCUGGUUCCUGGGGGGCCGGCUCAACGUGACCGUCAGUUGCUUGGAUCAACAUGUCUGGAAGGCACCCGAGAGCAUCGCUUUGAUCUGGGAGCGAGACGAGCCUGGCACGGAAGUGAGGAUCACCUACAGGGAGCUGCUGGAGACUACAUGCCGCCUGGCGAACACGCUGAAGAGGUAUGGAGUCCAGCGAGGGGACCGUGUGGCCAUCUACAUGCUGGUGUCCCCAAUGGCUGUGGCAGCAAUGCUGGCCUGUGCCAGGAUUGGAGCUGUCCACACAGUUGUCUUUGCUGGAUUCAGUGCAGAAUCCUUGGCUGGGAGGAUCAAUGAUGCCAAGUGCAAGGUGGUCAUCACCUUCAACCAAGGACUCCGGGGCGGGCGCGUGUUCGAAUUGAAGAAGAUAGUGGAUGAAGCUGUGAAGAGCUGCCCGACCAUCCAGCAUGUUCUGGUGGCACACAGGACUGAAAACAAAGUCCCUAUGGGGGAGCUGGACGUCCACCUCGAGCAGGAGAUGGCACAGGAGGCCCCUGUGUGCGUCCCAGAGAGCAUGGGCAGUGAAGACAUGCUCUUCAUGCUGUACACCUCGGGCAGCACUGGCACGCCCAAGGGGCUAGUGCACACCCAGGCAGGCUACCUGCUGUACGCUGCGCUGACGCACAAGCUUGUGUUUGACUACCAGCCUGGCGACGUCUUCGGUUGUGUGGCAGACAUCGGCUGGAUCACAGGACACAGCUAUGUGGUGUAUGGACCUCUCUGCAAUGGUGCCACUAGUGUCCUUUUUGAGAGCACCCCAGUUUAUCCCAAUGCUGGUCGGUACUGGGAGACCGUGCAGAGGCUGAGGGUCAAUCAGUUUUAUGGUGCCCCAACUGCUAUCCGGCUGCUCCUGAAGCUCGGGGACGGCUGGGUGAAGAAGUACGACCGCUCGUCCCUGCGUACCCUGGGCUCAGUGGGUGAGCCCAUCAACCAUGAGGCCUGGGAGUGGCUGCACAACGUGGUGGGGGAUGGCAGGUGCACUCUGGUGGACACUUGGUGGCAGACAGAAACUGGCGGCAUCUGCAUUGCACCCCGGCCCUCAGAAGAAGGGGCUGAGAUCCUACCUGGCAUGGCCAUGAGGCCUUUUUUCGGCAUCCUGCCCGCUCUCAUGGAUGAGAAGGGCAACGUGGUAGAGGGUGGUGAUGUCUCUGGGGCCCUGUGCAUUGCUCAGGCCUGGCCGGGCAUGGCUAGGACCAUCUAUGGAGAUCAUGAAAGAUUCAUGGAUGCCUACUUCAGGGCCUACCCAGGCUACUAUUUCACUGGAGAUGGGGCUCACCGAACCCAGGAUGGCUACUACCAGAUCACGGGGCGCAUAGAUGAUGUUAUCAACAUCAGUGGCCACCGUCUUGGCACUGCAGAGAUCGAGGAUGCCAUGGCUGACCACCCUGCUGUGCCAGAGACUGCUGUCAUUGGCUACCCCCAUGACAUCAAAGGAGAAGCCGCAUUCGCCUUCAUUGUGUUGAAGGACGAGGCCCAUGACGCAGACAUGGUAGUGAAUGAGCUCAAGUCGGUGGUGGCCACCAAGAUCGCCAAAUAUGCUGUGCCUGACCAAAUCCUGGUGGUGAAGCGUCUCCCCAAAACCCGCUCUGGGAAAGUCAUGCGGCGGCUGCUGAGGAAGAUCGUCACAGGUGGAGUCCAGGACCUGGGGGACAUCACCACCCUGGAGGAUCCCAGCGUCGUUGAGGAGAUACUGAAUGCCUUCCAGACGCACAAAGAGAGGCAGGCAGCUGCCAAGUAGGAUGAGACCUCAGUGAGCUCAGGCCUGGCCCCCGGGGCACAGCAUUUCUUCCCCUCGGACGCUCCGUGUAGUUCAUACCCCGGGAUGAAGCUGGCCGCAGUCUGACUCGCCAGGUGGCAGCGCACACAGUGUCCUCUGUGCUGCUUGCCUGGGCUCUGUGUCUGGUCUGGGACGUCGGCAGCAUCUGAAGCCCACAGCUGGGGCAGCCCCACUUCUCCAGGAGUUUCCAGAGUCAAAAGGCAGAGGUGGUGCUCUCUGUAUUCUUGAAUUUGGAGAGCUCUGUAAGAGCACUCUACUGAGGCUAAGAUAUUCACUCACACACUGCAGCAGAGUCAGGGAGGUCUCCAAAACCUCCAUUAGUGGGAAGGGUGUGCUCUCUAACUCGUGUUAGCCAGUCUGGACAUCUGUUCAGAGGUCCGUGCCUCUGCUUGGCUCCUGUCCUGGUAACCUGAGCCCAUGUCCCAUGAAUAUGCCUCAGAACAGGCAAGCCCUGACUCCCCGGCUCCAAAGCUGCUUCAGGUGGAUUUGUUCCUCCAAGCUGUGGCCUGGCAGGAUUACUCUCCACGUGAUGCCUCAGGAAAACUCAGAUGCAGCUCAGGGCAGUGCGGCCUGAGCGGGCUCUGGGUCUGAAGGCAGAAUGCACUCUCUGCCCUGCUCCUCCUCAGUGUGCCUUAAGCCCCACAGCUAUGUUGUGCUGUGGGUCAGGUUGCCCAGUGCUCACCGGGAGCCAGGCCUGGUGAGCACGGGUGAGGUAGGGGACAGGAGGAGACCCGGGGUUGUGCAGGUGUUUUUGAGGUGGGGUUGGGUGCUGGACCCUGGCCAGGGCUGCUGCUGCCUCCAGUGAUCAGGCGAGUACCAAGACCCCACAGUGGCAGAGGCCACAGCAGCCACCUUCCUGAGAAGCAGUGCUCAUUACCACUAGUGACGCUGAGCCACAUGAGGUGAGGCGCAGUUGUGAGAUGACUUGGGUUCAAAUAAAGUUUUACUUUGUUCGUGCUCCGUC